UCCUGGAACACUUUAGAAGCUAGUGACUUUACUGCUUCUUGUUCAUAUGAUACAUUCACCUAUAGAAGAUUCGAGAACAUUGUUCAAAUAAAUAAUUUUUCUUUUUUUUUCCUUUUAAAUUUCUUCAUGCAUAACUUUUGGAUUAUUUAGCUUCCAGCUCAGCUCCGUGAACCAACACACCACCAUCCUUCUUGAUUAAGCACGUACUGUGUGUUGCCAGCAUCGACACUGGAACAUUCCUCAUGGCAGCCUAUAAAACACAACUUGAUGCCUACUGAUGUCUUCUUACUCUGGAUCUCUAAGCUUCUUUGUGGAAUUAAGAAAUAAAUGCUUCUCAGACCACUCCAUGGAAUUUGAUUUCUGGCAUCUUAGGAGUAACAUGCCUUAUUUUGAUGGCUACUAUGGGAAUUUUGUUGAAAAAUUUAUAUCCUAAACAAAGUAUUCCGCCAACAUUGUCACCAGAUGAAAUCACUGAAGUCCAGAAAGACUUUGACUGUUGUUCUUGUCCAAAAGGCUGGAUUGGGUACCAGUGCAACUGCUACUUCUUUUCUCGUGAAUUGAAGACUUGGCAGGAAAGUCAGAGAUUCUGUGCUUUUCUGAAUUCCAGUCUACUUUGGUUCCAAAACAGAGAUAAAUUGCAUUUUAUGAGCUCCAGCACAUAUUUUUACUGGAUUGGACUCCUUUACCAUAAGGACAAAAAGGCCUGGCUGUGGGAAGAUGGCUCUCCUGUCUCCCAAGAUCUAUUGCCAUCACUUCAAAAAUUAAAUACAAAGAAAUGCAUAAUGUAUAGCUCAAGCCAAGGUAUUUUGGAUGAACGCUGUGAUGAUGAAAGUCGUUUUAUAUGUAAAAAAGAGCUUAUUUAAGUGUUUCUUGGAAUGGGGGUGGUGGGCAGUGAAGAUUCAGUAGUACUAAGAAAUGACUUCACCUCUUACAUUAUUGCUAAUUAUCUACUUCUGGGAUCUGUAAAAUGUUUCAAAUCAAGUCUUAUGAUACAAUUUUCAUACAUUUGAAAUCAUGUGCUUUAAAAUUGGUGAAAUUUGGGGCAGCUGAGUGGCUCAGUCAGUUAAACAGCUGCCCUCAACUCAGGUUAUAAUCCUGGAGUCCUGGGAUUGAGCCUGGCAUCAGGCUCCCUGCUCGACAGGGAGCUUGCUUCUCCCUCUCUCUCUGCCUGCUGCUCUGCCUACUUGUGUUCUCUAUCUCUCUAUCAAACAAAUAAAUAAAAUCUUUAAAAAAUAAAAUAAAGUUGGUGAAACUUGUGCACCUAUAUCUGCCAUAACAGUGCACCAAGGUAAGGAAUUUCAGGACUAUUGUGAUUUAAUGGAUAUGUUCAACAUUAAAUUUAACAUAUUUUAUGCAUAUAUCCUUGUGAAUUUUUUUGAAGAAAUUCAAAUAAAAUAAUUUGCACCAAA